AUCAGUGUCAACAUACUUUUCCGGUUAGAUUUAACUCUGUUGAAAAACACACAUCACCACAUAGUGUUCCCACAAAUGUACAUUUGAAAGGGAACGUGUCGUCUUGGUGUGGUGUUAUGAACCAGUAUGAGGUGGUCCAUCAAAUUGGAGAGGGGGCAUUUGGGAAGGCCUUCUUGGCCCUGAACAGGGACAGAGACUGGGGUGGUGAGAGCCAGUGCGUGGUCAAAGAGAUCAACCUCAGAAAGAUGUCACCUAUGGAAAAGGAAGCAUCCAAAAAGGAAGUAUUUCUGCUUGCAAAGAUGAAGCAUCCAAAUAUCGUCACCUUUUUCAAAUCAUUUCAGGAGAGCACUAAACUUUACAUAGUGAUGGAGUACUGUGAUGGAGGAGAUCUGAUGAAGAAGAUCAGUAUGCAAAGAGGGGUUAUGUUUACUGAGGAGCAGAUAGUGGAUUGGUUUGUACAGAUCUGUUUGGGACUGAAGCACAUCCAUGACAGGAAGGUUUUGCACAGAGACAUCAAAGCACAGAAUAUAUUCCUUACCAAGAAGGGGAUGAAAGCCAAGCUGGGAGACUUUGGCAUUGCAAGAAUGUUAAACAAUACCAUGGAGCUUGCCAGGACCUGUGUUGGGACGCCAUAUUACCUGUCUCCUGAGAUCUGUGACAACAGACCGUACAAUAACAAAACGGAUAUAUGGUCUCUGGGCUGUGUCCUGUAUGAGCUCUGCACCCUCAGACAUCCAUUUGAGGGCAACAGCCUGAGGCAGCUGGUAGUGAAGAUCUGUAGGGGGCGCUAUAACCCAGUCUCCACCCGCUACUCCUACGACCUGCGCCUGCUGGUCACUCAGCUGUUCAAGGUCAGCCCGCGAGACCGGCCCUCCGUCAACUCUGUCCUCAAACGGCCUUUCCUGGAGAAACACAUCAGCAAACACCUGGACCCCCAGGUCAUUGAGGAGGAAUUCAGCCACACAGUGCUGCACAGAAAGAGAGCUGCAGGCCCACUGCCUAGAGUGCGGGCCGCACCAGUACAGAUCACCGAAAUAAUCCCCAAAGCCAGAGUCUCAGAGAGGCCUCCUCCUCGGUCGAAGCCUGGGCCCUCGGUGAAGAAACCGCCCCCCAAACCAGAUUGGAAACCCCCUACCAGAGUCAUGCCACAGCACAAACCGUUUCAUCUACGAGCAGCACAGAUUAGGGUUCCAGUGGCCAGACAAUACGGUCAACAGAACCCCAGGUGGGACGGUCAGGCUGAAGUCAACCCUUACGACCACCACUAUGCCCAGCUGGACGCCAUCCAGAGGAGAUACUCUCCUCUACCUCCUCGUCCUCCUCUUCCCUCCUGUCAUCCUCCGGUGGUUCAGGAGAGACCUGUGGAGCGCUAUGAUGACAGAGAGAAUCACCCAGAACCUUAUCAAUUGGUGGCUGCUGCUCAUGAUGAAUACCGCCAGAGGAGACAGGAGGCCAACCAGUACAAGCUGAGGGCAGAGAAACAGCUGGGCCUGCGGCCCUCCACAGCAGACACUGAGCAUUACAGACAGCCUGAGCAGGACCAGGGGGCAGGGCGACCUGCACAUCCACCCACACCUCACGACAGGAGGCAGGAUGGGCAGCAGGAGUAUCUACGGAAGUUGCAGCACAUCAGACAGCAAUAUUAUAAUGAGAUGAGAGAUAUCAGAAUGAGAGCUGAUGCUGAGCCUCAGCCACAAGUGAAACCAGGCACAUACCUGGUAGAGAAGCCCAGACACAUAGAGCCACCAACACAUAGUGGAGACCAGGACAGAGACAGACCCCAACCUGACCAGGACAUUGAAGGAGCCCUGAGACAGAUCAGGCAGGAGAACAGACUGGAGAGGAGAGAGCUACAGAAGAAGCACAAAGACAAGAAAGCUAUCAUGUUUGAGAUCAAGUUAAAUGACGAAAGGAUUCAAGAGGAUGAAGACAAAGAAAAAGAGGAGAAGAGGGAUGAGACCCUGAGCUUCCAGGCAGGGGAGGACCUGAGGCACAGGGAUUGGUCUGGGGCAGGAUUGGGGGCAGGGCAGGAUGAAGGCACCCCCAGGUCUGAGGUGAGGAAGGGGUGGCGCCAGGCAGCACCACAGACCCUACUGGAUGCCCUGGCUGAGAUGGACGUGUCAUCAGUGUGUACCACCAUGGCUGUGCCUGAACUGGGUGACGCUGCAGAUCUCGAGGGGAAGGCAAUAGGGGAGAGGAGACAGUGGGGUGAGGGUCCCCCCAACACCCUGCUCCAUGCUUUGGGCCAGGCUGAGCUAACCUCCACCCUGGACUCCGUAAUGCCAGAACCAUUGACUGAGAAAGACCGCGCCAAGGAGCAGGAGGAAGCUGAAACAAAGGAAAAAGCGGAGGAGAAUAAAGACUCAGAUGUGGAGAUGGACGAGGAGCGUCUAGAGCCCAGGUCGGAUGAUGACGACACGAACUUUGAGGAGUCUGAAGAUGAGCUGAGAGGUGGCAGAGUCAAUGAUGAACCUUUUUAUAAUGGAGUAGUGGGGGAAAUAGAGUUACAGUCAGGAAACUGUAGAUCUCCAGCAAAUACACCAUGUGAUACCUUCAUAGAGGGUAAACUCUCUCAGACUCAAGCUGCAGGGUGUGAGACUUUGGCAGAGCAACCAAGGGAUACCCAGGUUUCAGACGAGGACUGUGAGGCUAAUAAGAAGCAAUAGCCAGAAAAUUAGUUUUCAUAUUAUUUAGAUUUAAGUGAAACGAUGACAAGGACCUUGUUAAUGGAUUCCUUUCUACAAAAACAGCAAGUUUGAGUAAGCUGUCUUUAUAAAUUUUCAGCAACAAAACGUGCAUAUUUUUUUCUUGGCUAUAGACAUCACAGGAGGUUGGUGGCACCUUAAUUGGGGAGGACAGCCUCAUGGUAGUGGCUUGAGUAGAUUGUAUCAAAUACAUGGUUUUGCGCCGCUGCAGCCUUCACUGCAAACCUGUGGCAAGAAUAGGUAUCACUUGGCCCAAACUUGAACCUAGUAGACCUGUCUUACAUUUUUCUAAACUGCAGGUGAAAGUUUGGCGCUACCUAUUCUUGCCACAGGUUACAAGUAUUUGGGUGUUGAAAAUGUUUCAGUAUUGUUGUUACAUGGAGCAACUUCUAAAGACUAAAUCCAAAUAAAGUACAACAAGGUUGAAUUUUUUUAUUCAGACAUGAACAAUACAUGUACUUUUCCAAAAGAAAA